AUGGGGAGGUUGGGGACCGAGCUUUCUCCAUCUCUGCUCCCACUCUCUCGAACUCUCUCGCCCUUCAUCUCUGGAACUCUCUUCCCCCCUCACCUCUGGAACGCUUUCUCCUCCCUCACCUCUGGAACUCUCUCUCCCCCUUCAUCUCUGGAACUCUCUCCCCCUUCACCUCUGGAACUCUCUCUCCUCCCUCACCUCUGGAACUCUCUCCUCCCUCACCUCUGGAACUCUCUCUCCUCCCUCACCUCUGGAACUCUCUCCUCCCUCACCUCUGGAACUCUCUCUCCCCCUUCAUCUCCAGAACUCUCUCCCACUUCAUCUCUGGAACUCUCUUCCCCCCUCACCUCUGGAACACUCUCCCCCUCACCUCUGGAACUCUCUCUCCUCCCUCACCUCUGGAACUCUCUCCCCCUUCAUCUCUGGAACUCUCUCCCCCUUCACCUCUGGAACUCUCUCCCUCCUUGCCUCUGGAACUCUCUCUCCUCUCUCACCUCUAGAUCUCUCUCCCCCCUCACCUCUGGAACUCUCUCUCCCCCCUCACCUCUGGAACUCUCUCUCCUCCCUCACCUCUGGAACAAUUUCUCCUCCCUCAACUCUGGAACUCUCUCGCCCCUCACCUCUGGAAUUCUCUCCCCCCUCACCUCUGGAACUCUCUCGCCCCUCACCUCUGGAACUCUCUCUCCCCCCUUACCUCUGGAACUCUCUCUCCCCCCUUACCUCUGGAACUCUCUCCCCCUUCAUCUCUGGAACUCUCCCCCCCCUCACCUCUGGAACUCUCUCCCCCUUCAUCUCCGGAACUCUCUCCCCCCUCAUCUCUGGAACUCUCUCCCCCUUCAUCUCUGGAACUCUCUUCCCCCCUCACCUCUGGAACACUCUCCCCCUCACCUCUGGAACUCUCUCUCCUCCCUCACCUCUGGAACUCUCUCCCCCUUCAUCUCUGGACCUCUCUCCCCCUUCACCUCUGGAACUCUCUCCCUCCUUGCCUCUGGAACUCUCUCUCCUCCCUCACCUCUGGAACGCUUUCUCCUCCCUCACCUCUGGAACUCUCUCUCCCCCUUCAUCUCUGGAACUCUCUCUCCCCCUUCAUCUCUGGAACUCUCUCUCCUCCCUCACCUCUGGAACUCUCUCUCCCCCCACAUUUCUGGAACUCUCUCUCCUCCCUCACCUCUGGAACUCUCUCCCCCUUCAUCUCUGGAACUCUCCUCGCCCCUCACCUCUGGAACUCUCUCUCCUCCCUCACCUCUGGAACUCUCUCUCCUCCCUCACCUCUGGAACUCUCUCUCCUCCCUCACCUCUGGAACUCUCUCUCCUCCCUCACCUCUGGAACUCUCUCUCCCCCCUCACCUCUGGAACUCUCUCUCCCCCCUCACCUCUGGAACUCUCUCUCCUCCCUCAUCUCUGGAACUCUCUCUCCUCCCUCACCUCUGGAACUCUUUCCCCCUUCAUCUCUGGAACUCUCUCGCCCCUCACCUCUGGAACUCUCUCCCCCCUCACCUCUGGAACUCUCUCUCCUCCCUCACCUCUGGAACUCUCUCUCCUCCCUCACCUCUGGAACUCUCUCUCCCCCCUUACCUCUGGAACUCUCUCCCCCUUCAUCUCCAGAACUCUCUCCCCCUUCAUCUCUGGAACUCUCCCCCCCCCUCACCUCUGGAACUCUCUCCCCCUUCAUCUCUGGAACUCUCUCCCCCUUCAUCUCUGGAACUCUCUUCCCCCCUUACCUCUGGAACACUCUCCCCCCUCACCUCUGGAACUCUCUCUCCUCCCUCACCUCUGGAACUCUCUCCCCCUUCAUCUCUGGAACUCUCUCCCCCUUCACCUCUGGAACUCUCUCCCUCCUUGCCUCUGGAACUCUCUCUCCUCCCUCACCUCUGGAACGCUUUCUCCUCCCUCACCUCUGGAACUCUCUCUCCCCCUUCAUCUCUGGAACUCUCUCUCCCCCUUCAUCUCUGGAACUCUCUCUCCUCCCUCACCUCUGGAACUCUCUCUCCCCCCUCACCUCUGGAACUCUCUCCCCCUUCAUCUCUGGAACUCUCUCCCCCCUUACCUCUGGAACUCUCUCCCCCUUCAUCUCUGGAACUCUCCCCCCCCCUCACCUCUGGAACUCUCUCCCCCUUCAUCUCCGGAACUCUCUCCCCCUUCAUCUCUGGAACUCUCUCCCCCUUCAUCUCUGGAACUCUCUUCCCCCCUCACCUCUGGAACACUCUCCCCCUCACCUCUGGAACUCUCUCUCCCUUCAUCUCUGGAACUCUCUUCCCCCCUCACCUCUGGAACACUCUCCCCCUCACCUCUGGAACUCUCUCUCCUCCUUCACCUCUGGAACUCUCUCCCCCUUCAUCUCUGGAACUCUCUCCCCCUUCACCUCUGGAACUCUCUCCCUCCUUGCCUCUGGAACUCUCUCCCCCCUCACCUCUGGAGCUCUCUCUCCUCCCUCACCUCUGGAACUCUCUCUCCCCCCACAUUUCUGGAACUCUCUCUCCUCCCUCACCUCUGGAACUCCCUCUCCCCCCUCACCUCUGGAACUCUCUCUCCUCCCUCACCUCUGGAAAUCUCUCUCCCCCCUCACCUCUGGAACUCUCUCUCCUCCCUCACCUCUGGAACUCUCUCUCCCCCCUCAUUUCAGAAACUCUCUCUCCUCCCUCACCUCUGGAACUCUCUCUCCCCCCUCACCUCUGGAACUCUCUCUCCUCCCUCACCUCUAGAUCUCUCUCCCCCCUCACCUCUGGAACUCUCUCUCCCCCUUCACCUCUGGAACUCUCUCUCCCCCCACAUUUCUGGAACUCUCUCUCCUCCCUCACCUCUGGAACUCUCUCUCCCCCCUCACCUCUGGAACUCUCUCUCCCCCCACAUUUCUGGAACUCUCUCUCCUCCCUCACCUCUGGAACUCUCUCUCCCCCCACAUUUCUGGAACGCUCUCUCCUCCCUCACCUCUGGAACUCUCUCUCCUCCCUCACCUCUGGAACUCUCUCUCCCCCUCACCUCUGGAACUCUCUCUGCCCCCUCACCUCUGGAACUCUCUCCCCCUCACCUCUGGAACUCUCUCUGCCCCCUCACCUCUGA